AUGAGUUACCAGAAUCAGCUUCCCAUCGUGCCCGAGAACUCGGUGGUGACGACCUGGCAGCAGCAGAGACAUUCACUUCAGCAGCCAGGACACCAGGCUUGUUUCGUGACUCGACUUGCUGGCGAACUGCUGCUUUCUCGCACUGACAAUAUGAACUUGCGUCACCUGAACAACCAGUUACAGCUUGACGCCGGAUCCUGGCGCCAAGAGUAUGAGCAAGUUGUUGUUCAGUACUGGAAGGUUUCGGAACACAAUGCUACCCUCCUGGGGCAGGUUUCGAGGCUCAAGGAGCAGUUACGGGCGGCCAGAUGUAGAAAGGAUGGGCCUAAGACCCGCCGUGAGAGCGCUGGUGGGCCGAUUCCGACGGGAAGUCAACACUCUGACAUGCUGAAUGAUUCGGAUGGAGGUAGCCGGGUUGGUGAGGAAAACGUUAAGCAAGAGACCCAUGCGAACCUUAAGUAG